AUGGCGGACUACCAGGGCGACCCCUGGUGGGAAGAGCACUGGGUGAAGGUCUGGAGCAAAGUGCCUCCUCGCAAGCCGGCGAAGGAUGGAGCCGCUUCGUCGCCUUGUGCAGCCUCAGAGUCAGGCUUCUACUCGGAUGAGUUGGGGCUGGAGGCUUGCAAGAAAUGUCCGAAGGGAACCGACAUGGUCAACACCGGCGCCAGCGUGUGCACUCCGUGCGGAUUAAACCAGGAGACAGAGGCACAGCAGGAGAGCGGUUCUCAGGCGGCAACCGAUUGUCGUUGCGCCGAAGGCAUGUAUAUGUGCAAUGGAGUUGGCUGCCAGACGUGCCCAGAAGGCCUCUACUGCGCCGCAG